UUACCUACAAAUCGAAACUUCUUAACUUCUUAAAACGAAGAUGUUGCUCCUAGUAUUGACAUGUCUGCUAUUUGGAGGGGCUGUGACUGAGGAAUCUCUAACCCACCUGCUGGAGUCACCUCAAGCUCUGCUCAACUCCUACCUAUCGUACCAGCUUCAAAACGGUAAAGCAUACUCAACCUCUGAACUGAGACUCCGAGUUAAACUCUACAGACAAGCCGUGAAGUUUGUGGUGUCUCAAAAUGAGCUGCAUGGAGAUGAAUGGCAGAGCGGACUAAACUUCUUGUCUGAUUUGAGCGCAGAGGAACAGAAGAAUUACCUUGGCUUCAAUGCAAGUGCUCUCCUUACUGCUGACAGUGCAGAACCUCAUUCUUCUGAAAUGCUCUCCGUCCCCUCCUCUUUCUCCUGGCUUGAUAAAGGAGCAGUUACUCCUCCCAAGGAUCAGGCUAAAUGUGGUAGUUGUUGGGCGUUCAGCUCAACCGCGGCUCUUGAAGCUGCCUACAAGAUCAAGUCGGGAAAAUUAAAGAGCCUGUCGGACCAGGAGUAUUUGGACUGUGUUUAUCCUCUGAAUAAACGACAGAACGGCUGUAAUGGUGGCUACUACUUUACUGCCUGGGACUACAACAAGAAGAACUCCAGGAUGGGACGAUCACGUGACCGGUUGUACACUGCCAAGGCGGGAUCUUGUUCUAAACUUCCUGAGAACUCCCUGAAAUCCCACUCAGUGACUGGCUACACUGCAAUGCCCAACAGAAACGAGCAGGAUACCCUCCUGGGGAUCACUAGGAACGUCCUCUCUGUAGCGUUCGAAGUAACGGCCACUUUCUCCGCUUACAAGUCGGGUAUUCUGCGGGACAACACGUGUACUCACAACAGUAACCACGCAGUAGCAGCAGUGGGCUACACUCCGCAAUAUAUCCUGGUAAAGAACAGCUGGGGCACCAAAUGGGGUGACAGAGGUUUUGUAAAGUUCUCCCGCAACCACCACGGCUGCGAGCUUCACAAGUUUACCGCCUACCCUACACUGAAACCCACUAACAAGCCUGAUAAUGAUCCUGAGGAUGAUGCAACUGUCUACGACCCGGACAACAGAGAGGGUCCCACUGAUCCGUACAACCCUGGUCCGGAACCGCCGUGUGUGGAUGAUAAGGAGUGGUGUGGACCUGCAUACUGCGGGAAAAGCUACGAGAAGUACUGCCGUAAGACCUGCGGUAAAUGUACGGAUGAUAACAGCUGCCCUGAAGGAACAGUGAAGUGCCCUGAUGGAGUGUGCCGGCACACCCACAUGUGCUAAACCCACAUGUGCUAAACUCACGUGUGCUGAACCCACAUGUGCUAAGCACUCACCUGGGCCUAUUUGGGAAACUUGAGUGGGAUCCUCUGACGUGAUUGUUUGAUAUUUAAUUCAAAACAUUUGUCAA